AUGCUUGCGCUCCCGAAAUACCUCGCGCUGAGCGCCGGUGCGGUGACGUGCGUCGUCGCGCACGCGCUGUACACGCGGGAACAAUACUUUCCGGCGAUGGUGUACCUGAGCACGAGCAAAGCGGCGCUGGUGGCGAUCGGAAACUUUGCGUUCGCUUUGAUGUUGGUGUUGGCGCACGCCGUCAAGGCGACGUUUCUGGGGACGCUUCGGGAGGCGGAGGUCGAGCGGUUGUACGAACGCACGCGAGACGCAGUGAUGGAGACGUGCCUAGCGAUGACAAUAUUUCGAGAGGAGUUUAACUCGCGGUUCGUCGCGCUGUUCGUGAGCUUAUUGUUCGUGAAGGCGUUUCACUGGUUGUACCAGGACAGGGUGCAGUACACGGAGACGGCGCCGACGCUGAGUCGGUUCACGCACGUGCGACUGGCGACGUUCAUGGGAACGUUGUUGUUGGUGGAUUUGAGCAUGCUGAGCUACAUCGUCGGGAACACGAUCGAGAACGGACCGAGCGUGUUGUUGUUGUUUGGGUUUGAGUACGUGAUUCUCGCCACAAAGCUCUUCGUCGGGUUCGCAAAGUACUUGAUCAUUAGCGCUGAUCGAAUGCUGGACGGACAAUGGCAAGGCAAAGGGACGUGUGUGUUUUAUCUUGAGCUCGUGACGGAUUUGUUACAGCUCUUUGUGUACUUUGUCUUCUUUUUGAUCAUUUUUGCGUACUACGGGAUGCCAGUGCACCUCGUUCGAGAUUUGUACGUGACGUUUAGAAACUUUAGAAAGCGAGUGGAAGAGUUCAUUCGAUACCGUCGAGUGACUGCAAAUUUGAACGAUCGAUUUCCUGAUUCCACCGCCGAGGACUUAUCCACGGGGGACGACGUGUGCAUCAUUUGCCGAGAGAAUAUGGAAGUGGACGCGCAAGGCGGGAGCAAACCGAAGAAGUUGCCGUGCGGACACUCCUUUCAUUUGCAUUGCCUUCGGUCUUGGUUGGAACGCCAGCAAGCGUGCCCGACGUGCAGACAGUCUGUCUUACCC